UAUUGCAAAUACUGGGAUCCAAUAUGAAAAGGCAAAUGUAGAAUAGUUUAGUGUUAGGCAAGAGUGGAAGUGUUGUUGUCCCCAUAUCAACUACUUUUUCUUGGUGAUGGCAAUGGGGUUGGAUUGGAGAGGACAUACACUUCCAUCUCCAGCUCUGCAAAGGGACCAGAAUUUGUUCAAGUAUAGCGACAGUUUCUGCUAGGCAUUUUAUCAAACAGGAUGCUUCAUGAGCGUUGAUUGAGGCAUUUGUGAUUGUGGGUGGAGAGAAAAUGGGGGAGAAGAGCAAGAAGAAGAAGAAGGAUGUGAUGCCUACAGUUUGGAUUUCUUUGAAGAAAUCGUUGCACUGCAAAUCGGAGCUGUCGGAGGUACAUGAUCCGAGUAGGGGGAAGCAGUUGAGCCCAAUCCUGACGAGAAAGACUGGCAGGUCUGGGUGUUCUAGGUCCAUUGCAAAUCUGAAAGAUGUUGUUAUUCAUGGAAGCAAGAGGCACGCGGAAAAGCCUCCGAGUUGUAGCCCAAGAUCCAUAGGAAGCAGUGAGCUUCUCAACCCAAUCACUCAUGAAGUCAUUUUGAGCAACUCCAAAUGUGAGCUCAAGAUCACUAGUUUCGGUGGGCUUCAUGAAGGGUUCAACGGCGGUGGCGAUGAUGGUGGNNNNGGCGGUGGCGAUGAUGGGGGCGCCGCCGGCAGCGGCUGUGGCUCAACGUUUGUGGGCACUCUAAGACCUGGGACGCCUGGCCCUGGAGGGCACCCUACGAUGCAUUACUUCAGUUCUUCGCUCAGAAACUCAGCAACUCCAACUAGGAAAAGUGACCAUUUCUUGACGGAAAGGGAAGGGUUUAGGAAUGGUCAGAAAAGGACAUCCACUCAGAAAAACAGUAAUGGGACCAAUCCUGCUGCAUGCCACAAGUGCGGAGAGCAGUUUGUGAAGUGGGAGGCUCUUGAAUCCCAUCAUCAAUCCAAGCAUGCUGUUACUGAACUCUUGGAGGGCGACUCGUCGAGGAAAAUUGUGGAGAUUAUCUGCAGAUCAAACUGGCUCACGUCGGAGAACCACUGUGUUAGAAUAGACAGAGUUUUAAAAGUUCAUAACAUGCAGAAGACCCUGGCUCGGUUCGAGGACUACAGGGAAGCAGUGAAAAUUAAGGCCAGUGAGCUUGCCAAGAAACAUCCUCGUUGUUUAGCCGAUGGAAACGAACUGUUGAGGUUCCACGGCACUAAUCUAGCAUGCUCUCUGGGCAUGAAUGGAUCCUCUAGCCUUUGUGUAUCUGAUAAAUGCUGCGUUUGCCGAAUAAUCAGAUAUGGCUUUUCGAUGCUGAAAGGUAAAGUAGGGGUCUUCACGACUUCAACGAGCGGAAGGGCUUUUGAAUUGAUAGAAAUCAAUGAAGCUGAUCAGUUUAUGAGAAAAGCGUUGAUAGUGUGCAGGGUUAUCGCAGGGAGGGUGCAUCGGCCUCUGGAGAACAUCCAGGACAUGGCUGGGCAGACAGGGUUCGACUCAUUGGCUGGGAAAGUUGGUCUGUAUUCGAACAUUGAGGAGCUUUACUUGCUGAACCCUAAAGCUCUUCUUCCUUGUUUUGUGGUGAUAUGCAAAACCUGAACAAGAACCAAGCAAGAAAGGUGGUGGAAUCUGUUGUUCUGAAGAUUUUGUUCAUCAAGAUACAGAGGAUUUCAUUAAUUUUCCUUGUCAAUAUUCUGUGUCUGAAAAUCAUGAUGUUGUUUCAGAAAUUACAUAGGAUUCUUGCAUGUUUCUUUCUGUGUCUGUAAAUUGCUUCCUAUUACUAUGGUGCAGUGAGAGUUAUCCCAAAACAAGGUA